ACAGCUGUGUAAAUGAGAUAUUUUGUCCCACUCAGUCGAAGUGACAUUUUAGAGAUCGAGAGUAGCACGACUCGUUCACGUGCACGCUUCUUUUGACGCGAGUCUUCCCACUCAGCCAGCGAGGGCGCGCGUCGGUGAGCCAGCAGGGCGCAUCAGCCGCACGCAGCGUGGUGAGCGUGGACCACGGGGUAGAAACAAAUCUAUAUUGGGACGGCCCCAGCUGUCAGCAGCAGAGACCUGAAAAGGUGGCUCCUCAAAGCGCAGCGAUCUUCAACAGCUUGGCACGUCCGUUAAUCCGCGCUCUGACGACAGCGCAGUCAGCCUCCGUGCGUAAAACCGGGAGGACAAGACGCGCGUCGGAUCGCCGCAUCUGAACAGUCAUCGGGAUUUACUCACCGCUUCUGUUUUAAUAAUUCAAAUUUAUCAAGAAACUGAAGCUGUGGGAAGUAAGGCUUGGAUACAGUAUGACUCUUUUUUGGAUUUUAUAAGAGUUCAUCUCAAUUUUGCGCUGUCGAUCAGCGGGAUUUCCUUAAAAGACCGACAGCAUGUUACCAGAGAUAAAUAAGAAGGCAUCACGACCAGAGGCCUUCCCUCACCCUCAUAGAAUUCCAGCAGAAACCAACCAACUCAGAAAAAAACGACCCUGUUCACAGAAGUUUAAUUCUGGUUUAGGGACUCUGCCUCAGCUUGAGCCACCAAUGGUCCAAGUGGUGGUCAGCAAUGCCAAAAAUCAACACCAGCAGCUGGACAACAUCCUGCCACAAAUAGUCAGCAAGGGUGGCCAAAACAACUGUCAGACACAUCCGGAUGAGAGGCUGAAGCCCAGCCAGCAGUUCACUAUGCGGCUCGGUGCAACAGUGGAGAAAGUGUCUGUCUCCCGCAACAGCAAGGUUUACAGUAACAAGCUGGAGAAAGAGAAAGCAUCUGAAGGUCAAAGGCUACCGAUGUCACACAUAGAGGCACUGAACAAUUUCCAGGAGCGGUUGACAGUGUUUGAGCAGGAGGAAAUUAUGGAUUAUGGAGAGAUCUGGUUCCUGGGCCUGGGCUCUCAGAAGAUUGAGGGUUCCCCUGGUGCACCACAGAACUCUGGAUAUGAUGAUGAGCAUGGAAGCUACAUCAGGGUAACGUGUUAGAUUCUCAGUGUAUACGUUGAAGUCCUGGAGGUCAUUGGAAAAGGUUCUUUUGGCCAAGUCCUAAAAUGUCUGGACCACAAGAACAAUGAACUGGUGGCCAUUAAGAUGAUCCGCAAUAAGAAAAGGUUCCAUCACCAAGCUCUGGUCGAGCUAAAAAUCCUGGAUGUAAUAAAGAGGAAAGACAAAGACAACCUCCACAACGUCAUCCACAUGAAAGAGCACUUUUACUUCAGGAAUCACCUUUGCAUCUCCUUUGAGCUUCUUGGGGUGAACUUGUACGAGCUCCUUAAAAAAAACAACUUUCAAGGCUUCAGCCUAGCUCUGAUCCGUCGCUUCGCCCAUGCUCUUCUCAGGUGUCUGCAGAUGUUGCACAGGGAGAAGAUAAUCCACUGUGACCUUAAGCCGGAAAACAUCCUUUUGUCUCAAAAAGGACCCGGAAACAUCAAGGUGGUGGACUUUGGGUCCAGCUGUUAUGAGCAGCAGAGGGUUUAUACCUACAUCCAGAGCCGCUUCUACCGCUCUCCAGAGGUCAUCCUGGGUCACCCCUAUAGUAUGGCCAUUGACAUGUGGAGUCUGGGCUGCAUUCUGGCUGAACUAUACACGGGCUAUCCCCUCUUUCCUGGGGAGAGUGAAGUGGAGCAGAUAGCGUGCAUGAUGGAGGUUCUUGGAAUGCCUCCAAAUGACUUUGUUCAGUCAGCAUCAAGGAGGCGAUUGUUUUUUGACUCAAAAGGAAACCCCAGGAACAUCACUAACAGCAAGGGGAAGACGCGGAGACCAAAUUCCAAGGAGCUAUCAGCUGCGUUGAAAACUAACGAUGCAUUGUUCAUUGAGUUCAUCAAACGCUGUCUCACUUGGGAACCAAUUCAACGAUUGACUCCUGAUGAGGGUUUGCAGCACAAAUGGAUCCUGGAGGGUAAUUUCAACAAAGUCCGGACCAGGAACAAGCCAACAGUGAAGGAGGCUCCAGACAGUUCAAGCGGCACCGAGAACUUGAGUGAUUACAGUUACCACAAAUCACAAAACAGCAGACCCGCAGAGAAAGUCAACUCUGAAAACAAGAUGAAGAGGGAUGGUUCUGCAACAGGGACAAAGAUGGCCUCUCCUGAGCGUCUACGUCCCAUCGGUGCGUCAGCAGAGGAGGAAGUGUGUGAGAAUGAAGUUAAGCUCCCCGCGGAUAUGAAGCAGCAGGAAGGAGGCGGAGAGCGGCCUGUUCACAUCAUAAUCAGGUCUCAGCAGGAGAACCAGGAACAACCUCAGGGUUUUCCCCCUCUCUGUUGAUGGGAUUCAAGCUGCUUUCAAGAAAAUGGGAAGUCUGGAAGUUUUGAUUGUCCCAUUUUUCUCUGCUAAUGUUGCUUUUGUGCGACUCUUCUCAGAAAAUACAUCAAUGUACUGACACAAUGCAAUAUCAUAUAUGGAGAGAACAUUUCCCCUGAAUAUCGUGAUGCAUGCAUGCCAUGGACACACAAAAAAAAAAACCCAUCUGCUCCAAAUGUUUCUGUUGUGUGCACACUGUA